AUGUCAAAUUCAACCAAUGCAGACUUGGCUCUUUUGUUCAGUAAAAGUCUGCACCAGAUUGUCAUUGUACUCGGAAAUGAACUCAAAGAAUCAACUUUAGAACCCAAAGUUCCCACUUUAGAACCCAAAGAACCAAAGAAAAUCAUGAUCCUUGGAGAAAACGACUGUAACGUUCCAACUAGAAAAAGUUCCGAAAAUUAUUUGAUUUCCAGAGGAUGGGAAUCAAUUUUUAUAUUUAACGAUCUCAAUGGAGCCAAGAAAUCUGAGAUAGCAAUUGUCUUCGAUGACAAUGAAGGCACAUGUUUACCACUUCCAUCCCAAGAAGACUUCACCCCGUUCCUGAUGAUGAGUAUUCCAACAGAACCAGUCUUCGGAAUCCAGGCAAAGCCUUUCACCCUUAACAUAUCGGGAAUAGGAAUUUCAUGUGACAGGCACUCAAAUUCUCGGAUGCUUCAGGUAUCCUACAGGGCCAUUAAGGAACCGACCCAGUUCUGUACUCUGACAGACAACAAGGUCGUACCUGACGCUUUUUCAAGUUGUGUGUAUCGUUGUGACUGUCCUGACCCCGCCCACUGUAGAGAUGUCAAUCUGUAUUUGUUCAGUGGUAAUGCCAAAGGGGCGUGGUCUCUCUGUGAAGUGAAAGCUACUAAUUCCUAAGUUUGUAAAAAUUGGGAGGAGAAGAUUAUGACAUUUGUAAGAGUUCUGGUAGAGAAUAAGAAUAACGCAAUGAAGUUUUAAUAGCAAUAAAUUUUACCUUUUGCAUGUCUUUGCCAGAAAAUUUUGUAAAAAUUGAAACGAUGUUGAUGGAAAUGAAUUAGUGGU